AAAUUAUAUAUUGCAUUUUUUUCUCCGCAAAGUACUUAAAUAUUGGUUGGUGUCGAAAAUUAGGACUUGAAAACCAUAAAUCAAAUUUUAAACUAGUGAAAGCCCAACUCUGGUUUCGUGUUGUUGGUUGCCGCCGCAUCUCUGACUCUUGAAUUUGACUUCGUCUUCUUCUGAGUGAAACUACUCUCUCUCAGAAACCUACCGUAGUAGAAGAAGAAAAGCAAAGCAUGAAGUUUUCGGUUAAGGCUUGGAGUACUGGAAAAGCAAGGACAGGGAUACUCCAACUGGGAAAUUGCCCUGCUUCUAUACAAACCCCUGCUCUUCUCCUCUCCACACGUAAAGGGCUUCCUCAUUUUAUUCCCCCUGACCUUCUUCCUUCUCUUCCUUUCCCUCAUUCCCAUCUCCUCCAAGUUAGCCCACUUCACUUCCUGGAAGGUCUAUCACCAAAAACAAUAUCAAGUCUCGGAGGAUUGAACCAGAUGCUUGGUUUGCCAGACUAUGCAUUUGCUGCUGUAGCCAGGGACUCUAUGCAAAGUCUUCCUGAAUAUAAUUCCACUAAUAAAAUUGGAGCAUCUUUUCAGACUCGUUGUGGUCGAUUUUUGAUUAAACCUGUAGAUUAUGUUGAAAUGAUAAGUUGCAUGAGGCCUAAUGUAUGGGCCACUUUGGCAGAUGAAGUUCCUGCAUGGGUGCCAGAGAAGAGAAACAAGACCUCUGUGGAUCGAACUGUGAGAUGGCUCGAUGAAUGCAUUGUGUUAAGCUCGGCAGGUGGAGCUAUUCUUGGAUCCAUUGUUGGAGGCUCUGAUGUGGAAGAACGCGAACGUUGUGCACAAGAGGUAGCCAGGAGAAGUGUAUCAGGCUAUUUGAUUGGAGGAUUUGGACUUGGAGAGAGCAUAGAGGAGCGCCCUGCUCUUCUCAACGCUGUUACUGAUAUGCUACAAGAGGAGAAGCCUCGUUUCGUCUGUGGGCUUGGCCUUCCAGAGGAGGUUUUGCAGGGAGUUGCUGCUGGCAUCGAUCUUUUCGACUCUGAGUAUAUUUACCAUCUUACACUUGGAGGCAUUGCACUUACAUUUCCACCUUCUGGAGUUGAGAUUAAUGCUUCUGAAUUUCAGCCUAGUUAUAUUGGAAUUGAACAGACCAAAAUUAAUUUAAGAGCAACAAUAUACAGGAAAGACACAUCACCAAUUUUUGAGAACUGCGGGUGUUAUACAUGCCAGAAUCACACAAGAGCUUACAUCAAUCACCUGCUCAAUGUACACGAAAUGCUUGCUCAUAUUCUGCUAGAAAUACAUAACACUCAUCAUUAUCUGAGUUUCUUCAAGUCCAUAAGAGAAGCAAUCGAAGCUGGUGAGUUUGACAAAUUUCGACACAGAUUUAUCGAGAGUAGGUGUGAAUCUGAUGAUCAUCCUGCUGUAGCUGUUGCUGCUUGCGUUUGAGCAGCACUGGUCAUGAUAUCCGAGCAUGAAUAAGAGUAUAUUUUUAAAUUAUUUUUCUUUUAUAUUUUAAUUAUCUUUAUAAAUUAGGUGUUCUUGGGCUAGGAAGACCUAAGUUUUGGAGCUGACCCUUUUGAGCUCAAACGUUCUUUUCACAGAAUUGUAAUUUAGACAUUACUUUCAUUCAAUAAGAGACAGUGAUGGUUAUAGUUGCAACAGAGCUGAUUCUAUAAAACAUGGAUUUUUUUUUUA